AUGUAUCGCAAUUAUCACAGCAAGUUUAUGGAGGAAAGUGAGAGGUUGACCAGAUCCAACUCGGCGCCGGAGCAAGAAUCUCGAGACGCUCCUGGGGAAAUCCCUAGACAAGCAGCAAGUCGAACAACUAGACGAAUGCCCAGCAUGGAGAAGAUGGAGGUGCCUGUUAUUGUUUCUCGACGAUCGCCAGAACCAGAAUCGCGACGUGCAUCACACACUCAACGUGCAUCACGAGAACCCCCACGAGAACCACGACGAAUUUCCAGUAGAGAUGACAUGCAAGAUUUCGCUUUGGUUUCUCCGAGAACAGAAAGACAAAAAUCGAGCCAAAGAUUAAGACAAGCUCCGAGUAUGGAGCGAAUGCAAGUCUCUUUUCAUUCUUCUGAUUAUCCAAGACCAGUCUUGAGACCCGUACCGAAACCCGUCUUUCCCAUCGUUGCUUCUUCCAAACCGCCCAAUCGAUCGAUCCCAAGCGCACCCAGUUCGAUGAGAAUGUCAGCAGAUGAUCUAGAAGGUAGCGAAUACCUAGAACCAACAUUGGCGGAAAGUAAUUUUGCGCGACAGAGUGUUUCUAGCAGCGUUCUCAAUCCUGGUUAUGGUACUGUAAGUGCGUCGUCAAAGCCGUGGGGAAAUGCCGCAAAAUAUAUGGAAUGGGGAAACGUUGCACAAUACAUGGGGUUGAAAGGCGGACGCAGUGGAGCGGAGAACAAGAAGCUUGUAAUGAAACAACCAGGUUCGAACCGUGCUCCUGUUUAUACACCACAGCGUUUAGAGAGUGAUGUAUUCACAUUCAAAGCUCCAUUGACAGCCAAGGAACAAGAGCUGCGAGAAGGUAUUGCGAGAAAGUCUAGGGAGAAGGAGGAGAGGGAGAGACGCGAGACAGAGGCUGAGGAUGCCGCAAUGGAUGAUGUGGAGUUUGGGCCAACAAUCCCACCUUAUACUCCGAAAUAUCAAUCCUCCUUUGCCAACCGCAAGGGAUUCUCUUCUCCAAGUGGAAGUGGAAAAUUCUCAGCUAGAGGGGAGAAUUCGCGAAGAUUGAAUAAAAACGAAGAGGAUGAUUUAUAG